AAAGGGGUUAAGGCUGAUUUUCACUUUCUACUUCUUGCCUUUUUCAUGACUUCCCCACAGCUCCCAUUAGAAUUUUGCCUUAGCAAGCCUGGCCUAUGCCUAGCUUCCUCUCGUCGGAAAUCAGAUGAGAUUUGGUUCUUUUUCCUUUCUCCCAAGUUUGAUUCAGAGGUUUGUAGGCUUAUGACUCUAAAACCAUGAUCCAUCCAUAUCAUGUUGCUGUUGCUUUUUCCCCUAAUUCUUGGUUUGUGUCAGGUAACGAGAGCGACGUAGGAGGUCACCAAUUUUUUAGCAUUUUCUAGUAAGAAAAACAACCAAAAUUCAUCCUUCAAGCCUUGUUUUAAUCUUUAGCUUUGCAACUUAGGGUGGGAAGUCUCUUAUGAGUCAUGAAUUUGAACCCCCAAAAUUUUACAGUUUAUGCGCGAGUUUCAUGUGGUUUUCUUGCAAAAUAUUUUGCUGAUUAGAGCUGGGAUGUAUGCUAUUUGAAAAAUUCCUUCCUAAAAUCUGCUUGAGGGUUCCAAUUUUUGUAGCCAUUUUUGCCCUAGUUUGCUGGUAUGAUGCUAGAUUUUUCUGCGUUGUUUGUAUUGCUGACAUGCCUUGUUUCUACACAAGUUCUACUGUUUAUUAGCUUUUGCUCUAUUUUUGGUUGUAAAUUUCUGUUCUGUUAGUUCCAUUAAAGAAUCUGUUUAGGUGCUAUUUUAACACCAAAAUAUUGCCCUGCUUUGCCGCUGAAAUGUUGUGUUUUAGCUUAGUUUUUGGUUCAUUUUCUGUUGUUGUUCUAAACCAUAAAUAGUUGCUGUUUUGCCCAGAAAAUUCUGCUAUUUUUGCCCAUAAAUAACUAUUGUUUUGCCUAGAAAAAUUCUGCUAUUCUUGCCAACAAAUUUUGCUAUUUUUGCCCAUAAAUAGCUGUUAUUUUGCCUAGAAAAAUUCUGCUAUUCUUGCUAGAAAUUUGUGUUGUUUUUGCCCAUAAAUAGCUGCUAUUUUG